AUGACAACCAAAAGGCGCAACCUCACCGACGACGAGCGCGAGGCCAUCCUUCGCGAAGUCUUGCUUCACAGCAACGGCAGCUACAUGGCCCGACUACCGAGAGGAUCCAGUCAGGUGCAGGUGGACAAGUACAAUUGCCACAUGUCUACGAUUCGCCUGGUCCUUGCGGUCGCCAAGCGACAGGGUCAAUCACUGUGA